AUGUCAAUUCCUGGAACCAUAUCGUUGGCCAGCACAACGGCUUUGCCUGCUGAUAGGAUGCCAGCAGCCAUCGUUCGUCGACCAAGAGACACAUCCCAUGCACAAUUGUUUUCGGAUCACUCGCAAGCUCUCGACGCAAGCUACAAAGAAGCAGCGGUGUUCAAAGAUGACACGACAGCGACUUCUCGUCUCAGUGCUCUGAUUGGAACGGACAGCUACCUGAGAUGGAGACCGCGGACACAUCUCAUGCCGCGGCAGGGGUGGAUCAAUGACCCUUGUGCCGUUGGGUAUCAUGCAGCAAGCCAGACAUAUCAUGUUGGCUUCCAGUGGAAUCCCGACGACACGGCUUGGGGCAAUAUCUCAUGGGGUGCAGCACAUUCUCGAGACCUCGUCUCCUGGACCACUUCAUCCAAACCGACCCUAGUCCCAUGCAGAGAGUAUGAUAGCUUGGGAAUCUUCACUGGAUGCUGGGUGCCGUCAUCCAUCGAUGGUUCAACGGACAAUAGCAAUGUAAUAAGCGUAUACACGGCAGUGAAGCACCUCCCGAUCCAUUACACGAGACCCUAUGUUCGGGGCAGCGAGACUAUUGCCCUAGCUAUAUCUUCAGAUGCGGGUAGAUCAUGGACGCGCUAUGCCAACAAUCCUGUAGUUCUUGGGCCUCCUCCGGACCUAGAUGUUACUGGAUGGCGUGAUCCCUAUGUUGCACCAUGGACGGCUAUUACCGCCCUCUUGCAUCACCAACACCAAAGACACGAGGCAUCAAUCCUCAGCAAGGAAGCAGGGUGCACAAUGGCAAAGCCGCUAUAUGGACUUUUGUCUGGAGGCAUUCGGGGAAAGACUCCAACAACAUUUCUAUAUGAGAUCGAUGGUCGCGCUCUCGACAGUUGGCGCUAUCUUGGCCCAUUGAUAGAACUUGGUCUAAACUUCUCACCAUGCCCCCGAUGGGUUGGCGACUUUGGAGCUAACUGGGAGGUUUGCAACUUUGUUUCGCUGUCAGAUAACGCUUCCGGCACCUCGCCACGAAACUUCCUCAUCUGUGGCGUUGAGGGUCGACUUGCAUCGACCGAAGACCUCCUCUUGAAGGGAGAGUUCAUGGCGACGCAUGCACAGAUGUGGCUGUCUGGCCCUAUCGACUGCGAGGAAGAGACACCGAGGAUGCGGUACCGAAGUGGCGGUAUCCUUGAUCAUGGCGCCUACUACGCCGGAAGCUCGUUCUGGGAUCCACAAACAGAGCAGCAAGUUAUUUUCGGGUGGCUCGUGGAAGAUGAUCUCCCCCCAGAGCUGCGCGACCAACAAGGUUGGGCAGGCGCUAUGUCUCUGCCUAGAAUUCUAAAAGUUUUGGUGCUUCAUUCGGUAACCGGCGCUCUUUUGUCGAAGCUCGAGGACAUUGGACCCUUUGAGUUCGUUACUGAAGGCGACUCGACUACUGUUUAUACCGGAUAUAGUCUCUGCAUGGUGCCGGAUCCAAGGCUUGAGAAGCUGCGCCUUGGGGAGCAAAGUCAUCUCAUCCUUUUGCAAGGCGGCUUACUGGAAUCAUUCUUUACCAAGCCACUUACAACAUGGGAACUAAAGGUAACCUUCCGUUUGGGGCAUGCAAGAGGUCGUCUUGGGUUUAGCAUUCUUCAUGGACAUGGUACGUUUCGACCACCGCCUGAUUGA